AUGGAAGCGGCGGCUGAAUAUCUGGAAUUGGAUAAACAUUAUGUCGAUCAAGUUUUGAAGAUGGAUUCCAUGGCACAAAUGUUUGUCGGGAAUUGCUAUUCCCCAAUGAGGAAAAUCCCAAUGAGGAAAAUUGAGAAUAAAUCAAGCCUGCAAGUCGCCUUCACCAAGCGCCGCGGCGGGCUCUUCCGCAAAGCCACCGAGCUCUCCAUCCUCUGCGGUGCGGAAGUCGUGAUUCUGGUGCAGUCCCCGGCGCAGAAGCUCUACGCUUUCGGCCACCCUACUCUGAUCGACCGCAUCGAUCCGAUCUCUCGCCGCCGCUGUGACGACGGCGGGUACAAGGCGGCGAUGAAGAUGGAGAAGAGGAGAUGA